UGCCUUUCUAUCUGUCAAAUGACUUGUGAAUUUGUCAGACCGAUAGUGAAAAAUAUUAAGCGGAAAUUAUAAUUAUUGAUAUUUGAAUAUCUUUCACCAUUGAAUAACAUACAAAAUGUCGGAAAUAAAAAUAGUAGCAGCUAGUAUAGUUAACUUUCUUAAACAACAACUGGACAGUGAUACUCUGAGCGUUGAUUCCCGAGAGAGCGUGGAAGUUGGAGUACAAUGCAUUGAAACGGCGUUUGAAUUAUCACCUGAGGAACUUGCACGAGGUGUGGAUUUGCUUCAACUAGUUAGACAACAGCGCGGUGGUGCGCCACGGGUCGAUCGUGCCGAGGCCGAGAAGUUGAAGAACGAAGGUAAUGAACUCAUGAAGUCGGAGCGUCAUCGUGAGGCUCUCGAGAAAUAUUCGCGUGCUAUCGAACUGGAUCCACAAAACUCUGUGUUUUUCUGUAAUCGAGCAGCCGCUCACUUUAAGCUGGGAGAGCACGAAUCUGCAGUUGCAGAUUGCAUGGCAGCAUUAGCCUUGCAACCGAACUAUGGAAAAGCUCAUGGUCGCCUGGGGAUUGCUCUCACUGCGAUGAACCGCCAUGCGGAAGCUCAUGCUGCAUUUGCUCGAGCUGCUCAGCUUGAACCAGAUAAUGAAUCUUAUAAGCAAAAUUUGAAGCUUGCUGAGGAACGUUUGGCCCAGCGCGAUGGUGACCGCAGACUAGAUCUAGGUGGCUUGCUACAAAAUACAGCCUUAUUAAAUAUGGCAACAGAAAUGCUUGCUGACCCAAACAUGCAGAAUCUUAUAUCCGGUUUGAUGACUACCACUACUCCUAACCCUGCUAAUGGUGCGGCUGCUGGCGGUGGUGGUAUGAAUGCACUAUUAGAAGCGGGCCAAGCACUUGCACAACACAUGCAAUCGGCCAAUCCCGAUUUAGUAGAGCAGCUACGACGUCAGAUGCGCCCACCAGGCCCUGGUGACAACCAACCCCCUCCUUCACAGUAAAUUGUAAGCAAAGAAACUUCAAAACCCUUAUAUUUUCGAAGAGGUUACUACUAAUGUUGUAGCAAUAAUAGUAACCUUUUAUUUAAAAGUAAAUUGAAAAUUAUCUUUUAAAUUAUAUGUUGUGCUGUGACAAAACUAAAUUCUUACUACAACCAA